AUGACUGUAAGAUUGGAACUGACGGAGUCAACUAGAGUGAGGAAUCGAAGCAAUGGCGGGGGUGAUGCUGAGUCAAAAUGUACCGCGCUUCUCGGCAGUUUGGCUGUCGAUGACCUGGAGCUGCCGCCGGAGGACCUGGAGCUGCCGCCGGAGGACUUGGACGAAGUACUGGGGGAGAUGUUUACUGAGGAGGCUCUGACUAGUAAUACAAUUAUGAUGGUGGAGGGUUUGUUGAGGGAUGGCUUUGUGAGCGCGGGGUUGGAGAUUGCGGCUGAGAUUCGGGAGACCAAUGAGGUUCCCAGGGUGGUCACUGACACUGCAGUCAUGGAGCGCUACAUCAAUGCCACUGGAGACAGGACCAAGGAUGCUCUGAGAGUGUUCAAGCACAUGAAGGUUUCUGGAGUGGAACCGAAUGGCUACACGUAUGCCGUUAUCAUCAAGGCUCUUGCCGCUGCUGAUAUUAAGAGAAAACCGGAUUUUGUUGGCUAUGCUAAGAAGUACUUUGUGAAGAUGUUGGACCGGGGAAUGCAGCCGACUGAGGAGAUUUAUGGGGCUGUGUUGGAUGGCAUUGGCCGCGGUGAGAACAAGGUCCAGGCUGAGGAGGAGCGCCAGGAGUUUGUGGAGAAUGUGAAAGCAAAGGGAUUUAUGCUGGUGCUCCAGAAGGAGGCUGAGGAGAUGGCUAAACCUCCAUCACUGAAGUCCGAGAUGGAUAUGCAUAAGCAACAUGUGAUGAAGGUGUUUGAGGAUGUCAUCAGAGGCUUUGAAGACGAUAAGAGCGGAUUCAGACAGAUUGCAGAGGACUAUGAUUUACUGAGCAGAUGUGCAUUCACUGUUUAUAAUGGUUUGGCAGGUGAAGGGCUCAAUGAGGAAGCCAAAGAGCUCUUUAGGCCUCUGUUGGAAACAGCCAUACUACCCGAUGAGGCUGUCUUUACCAUCAUCAUUCUUCUUACCAAGAACCAGAGUGUCGCUUAUGGGAUCACUCCCAGCUCCUGCACAUACAGUGUACUCAUUGUGGAACUUUCUCAUGAUCCUAAUUUCAUUGGGCAUGCCAAGAAGUAUUACUUAGAAAUGUUGGACAACAGUAUGAAGCCCAGUUUGAGGACCAGCUUGGGUUUGUGUAACGGUAUUGCUUGCCUGGAGUUGUUGCAGAAUGGCGAAGAGUUUCUUGAGCAGUUGAAGCCUAGAGGGGUACUACCUGAUGUUGGUGAAGGUCAUUUUACUAAGCUGAUGAAGGCACAUAAGUUGUUUGGAGAUCUCCAAAAGAGAACUACCGACAAAGAGAUUGAAGAAGUCAUCCAAGAGAUCACAGUCGAAUGUUUCCAAAAACAUGAAUCGAAAAUGUUCUGUGCUAUGGUAGAAGAUGGCAAUGUAGAUGAGGCCAUAGAUCUCUUUCAUUCAGCAAGUCAGACUCGCAUCAAUCCCAUGGUCAUAGUCCGCGCCACUGUCAUUGAAGCAUACAUCAAAUGUAAUAAGAACAAGGAUGCUCUGCAGACCUACCUGGACAUGUUAGCUGCUGGACUUGAACCUAACUCCUACAUCUACAAUGUUUUGAUCAAGGGACUCGCUGUUGAUGCCAACUUCUUUGGGGAUGCCAAGAAAUAUUUGAUUGAGAUGCUGGACAAGGGCAUGAAUCCUAACGCUGCCACCUAGACUGCAGUGUUAGAGGGUUUUGCAAGGCAGGAGGACAAGAAAGCUGAGGAAGAGGGGAAAGAAUUUUUGCAGGUCAUGAUGGCUAAGGGGUUUGUUCUUGAUACCAAGGCUGUGAAGGAGGCGUUAAGGGGCAGACCAACACCGGUAAUUAGCAGGGUCAUGAACAUUAUCCUUUCCAAGGUUGGGUAUGCAAAGAUCAAAUUGAACAAGAUAUUGAAGCAAUUCUUGUGUUAAAUGCAUGAUAUGCCAAUUCUAAUGCCUCAGACUUCGGUGAGGGGCUUCAAAAUCGGAGUUGAAAGGCGAAGAUCUAGACUGGAUGAAGGCACGAAGGCCCCAUGUCAGCAACUCUUUUACGACAGAAACCGGGCUCUUACAGUGAUGGAGUUGAAAAACUCCCGUCCUUCCAGUCUUGUAGCUUUCG